GCAGCAGCAGCUCUAUGGCCUCCCGAAACCCCACCUGCAGCACCUUCAUCCUCUUCUUCUUCGUCUCCACCACUCUCGUCUGCGCUGUUCGCCGACCAGGUCUCGGAGGACAAGUCGCCCGCUCGAGUGUCCUUCCACUGAAGGAGGAGGCAGAGCAACGUCGAUGCAAAACCUGUGUUGCAGGUCUCGGAGGACAAGUCGCCCGCUCGAAUGUCCUUCCACUGAAGGAGGAGGAGGGUGACAGGCGGGUGAUGAUCGGGUCCAGGGCUCCCAUUUGCACGUACAACGAGUGCAGAGGCUGUCGAUUCAAGUGCAGCGCCGAGCAAGUUCCUGUUGACGCCGGCGACCCCAUGAACAGCGCCUACCGCUACAGAUGCGUGUGUCAUAGGUGAUGGAUGGUGGAACUCAAUGAGAAUGAGAGUGUUCUUGUCCCUGGUCUUCUUCCCGUGCCUGUACUCGAUCCUAGUGAAGUGAUCCUAUAUUACCUGUCACAAUCCUCUCCACCUCUCUGUGUGAUCUCUUCUUCUUCUGCUCUCUCUCUCUCUCUCUAUAUAUAUAUCAUCAUUCAGGUUGUCAGCUGAGGGAAAACCAUGAUAGCAAGGAGAUGACAUGGUGAGGAACACUGAUGGCUCUUUGUUGCACGUACAUAGUGCAAUGUGCAGGGUAAAAAGUUGGCUCAGAAGAAGCUCAGGUUUUCAACCCUUACAUUCUGUGUACUGAUGGAGCAGUAAAUCCAUCUGGGGAGGAGAGUCAUCUUCUUCUUCUUCUUCUUUUUACUCUUUACUGAACCACUCCCUCCUCUGUGUGUUUGUGUCUGUCUGAACCCACAAGGAUAGAAUGCAUGUGAUUGAUUCCAUGCAAGGUUGGGGGCCACAGGAAAUGAGACAUUUUUUUCACCUUAAUGUCAAGGUAAAAGUUAUCC